ACAGUCAGUGGAAGCCUUCUGCAGGUACCAUCUAACUGUACCUGUGGUAGACAGGCAUAUGAAUUUUGAAUACGAUGACUCUAUUGUGAAUGUGAAUAAAUUUUGUAUGAAAAAUGUUUGUGGUUGAGAUUGUCAUGGAUAAGCUAUGUUUACUUCUUCAUUUGGACCAGCCAGUAGAUGAUGACUCCAUGGUUUCGAAGAAAGGUGGAUAAAUAGACUUAUCCAUCUGUCAGAUUCUUAUAACAAGAUAACAUGGGUUCGAUCCGUUAUGGCAGUAGGGUCGGAUCAAUCUCCCCUCCACCCCCAGGUCUUGGUCCCUGUUACCGAUCCCAGUGCUGCUGGCCCAACGCUCUUGGGGACAUUCACAACAUAUCCUGGACUUCGACUCUGGCACAUACGUCUAUAAAUAACUACGAUAUAGCUAGUUACGCAAAUAAGCUGAAGAUUGAAAAGGCUACGUCAGAUUUGUCUCGGCAAGCCUCUGUGCGGGACCAGUUUCAGUUUUCGAAUAAGUUCCUACUAAAGGGUAAAUUGCGACGUUGUGGACAAGUGCGACGGCAUGUUUUCGAAGGACUUUGUAGUUACGAAGAUGAAGACAUUUUGAACAAUCUGGAUCGCAUACCGAGGUUCCGCUUCGGCGGUAACAGAUCAAAUCAUAAAGUGAGAGAUUCGGAGAAAAGUGUGAACGAACAAUUGCUCAAAGAUGUGAAUGAUAGGUUGAGACGGAGUCCUGUGGUACCCCCGAGAACAAAAAGGAACGCGCAUUCAUUAAAACAACCAUCAAAGAUCAACGAACCAACAACAACAACAACACCAAUUAGACCGCUGCCACUGAGGAGUGCCUCCUUCUCCCAAGUGGAGUAUCUGCCAGAUGGAAAGAAAUACAUUAGAAGACCAGAUGAUUCAUCAUCUACGGAGGUGGACAAUAUACACCAAAGAGGUAUUGCAACAUUGCCAAGAUCGAAAAACAGUUCUCAAUGUGAUGAAAUCGCGAAACAACGAAAAAACUCCAUGUUCGACUUCCAACAAAACACGAUAACAAAAGAUGAACAAACUCCAGAUAUCAACGAAAACACGCCUAAACUAAGCGAUUACAAAGAAUUAUCAGCAGGUAUCAGUAGACUAUCAUCUGUUGAUUCCAUUGAAGAUAAAAAAUUUAAAUCCAAGAGAAGAAAAGGUGUUUAUCUUUCUCAAUGGUCGGUUGAACCGUCAGACAACAUCAUCCCACAAUUUGUUGAGGAUGGAGAUUUCAGCAGCCUAGCCAGACAAACAAACAACAACUCUGACACUCAAAGGAACUCCAAUAUGGACAGCAAAUUGAACGAUCUCUCGCAAUGGAGCAGCCCUCAAGAAGAACCCCUAAGUCCGGAAGACAACAAUACUCCUCCAGAAUGGCCUAACAGGUACAGGAUCCAUCCAACUUAUCUUUUCGAAAGAACAAACUCUGUUGAGUCUCAUUCGAGAGAAACCAGUUUGCAGAGACUAGAUUCGUUUUCUGAAGAUGAACCUGACUCGGAACGAAAGUCUGAUCAACUAUCACUUCUGCAGUCUGAUCUCUCUGACUUAGAUGGGAAAGUUGCACCUAAGAGAUACACCAAGAGACCUCUUAGAGGUCCCUACGGGCAGAUGCUAGAGGCUGAAAUGAAGAAACCCGAGGUUGGUAUAAAAAACAACUGUGAUCUCAAUUUUCUCAACGAAAUGUCUACGAAUCACUCGGCAACGAGGUCUUCCUCUAUGAAAUUAGAGAAUGAGUUUAAGCCAAAACACUCAAAACGUGAUUCUAGUUCAAAAUCAUACGAUGAAAAUCAUCUGAAAGAAUGUUGCAAUAAGAAAUCGGAUCAACAACGAACAGGACAACCUAAGAGGAAAGUAAGUGCUGAUAAUUUUAUUCUAGACAGAGACCAAUUAGUGAACCAUCAAAGAACUAUAUCGAGUCCCUCAAAAUUCGAAAAUUUAAGUAAUCCAGUGGUUUCAAACAAACUUCUGACUCAGUUACUACAAGGAAGCUCUGAGCAACUGGCUAUUUUAGCAACAAAAGAAAAAUUGUUGAACGACACCAGGACCCACGUGGUUGUCGAGCUUUAUGACAACGAAAAAAAUUACGUCGAAUCCCUACAAAUUCUCACAACGAAAUAUUUGGAGCCUCUCAAAAGUCCUGAAUAUGCAACGCUUUUGGACUCGGCCCUUGUUGAUGAAAUUUUCAACCAAAUUCCGUUCCUUUUGACUUAUCAUCAACAGUUUUUAGAAGAGUUGAAAAAACGAUUAGAGCAAUGGGAUAUCAGACAAAAAGUUGGAGAUGUGCUCGUUGAGUUUUUUUCUAAACCUGCACUUAUAGAUAGUUAUACCAGCUAUGUCAACAACUGGAAACGAGCUAGGAAUAUCAUCAAAACAACACAACAGACUAAGGCACCAUUUGCGAAAUUUCUAGAGACCACAGCAAGAGAACAUCGUGGAAAGUUAGCACUGGACUCUUUAUUGAUCAAACCCAUUCAAAGAUUUCCAAGAUACGAAUUAUUACUACAAAGAUUAAUAAAGCAUACGGAUGUCUCACACGCAGACCACAGUCUUCUUCUUGUUGCACAAAAAGAACUACAUGAGCAAACUCAAAAGAUCAACUGCACUGAAAGGGAAACUUUAGAAUUAGAUUUACUGAGAGAAAUAGAAGGUUUAAUAGAUGGUCUGAUUGAUUUGGUGUCGAUGGAUAGACAGUUCAUUAGACACGAAUUAGUUAGUAUGACUGGAGCAGUUGGCACAAGAAGAGAAAGAGGUUUACUAUUAUUUUCUGACCUUCUCCUAAUCACAAGUAUAAAAAGAAAGAGUGGUGCCAUAAAAAAGCCCCUUGUUCCAUCUGAUAAAUCUGGAGUUGUUGCAGCUUUAGAAGCCAACAAAUAUAAACUUCUCAUGAAGAUACCUCUAGAAGAUCUCGAAAUUGCCAAGUCCAAAGAUGAAAAUGUAAGACAAAUGAUGAUAGAGAUUGAUAAUCUCAAUGAAGACAGGAGUAUAUUGAAUCAAAUUGGUGAAAUGUGUGCAAAUCUUCAUUGCAAUCACAAUCAAUUAGAUGAAAUUGUUAAGGAAAUGAUUUCUUCAGUAAAUAAGCAUCUCAACGAACAGCAGAACUGUGAAUCGCAAUUAUCUUCUUUGGAUCUGAACCUUACCACACCAAGUGGCGAAGAACAUAUAAGCAUUAUGUUCUCGACUCCAGAAAAAAGAUCAACUUGGGAAGAAGCAUUCAUUGAGACCAAAAACAAAUUAGUGAUCUCCGGUGUAAAAAAGCCAUUACCAGAAUUAGUUGCGACAGUUCCUAUAAGAAAAACCAGAGCAGGACUUCAAUUCACUUGUGCAGCUUCUACCUUAGGCGAUAGUCAUAAAUCAGUAUGGGUUUGCAAUAGUGAUGGCUAUGUUGGUCAAGUGUGUAUACUCAGUUUUCAACCCGAACCUACAGUAUUGUCUUGCAAUAGUGUUUGCAAUGCUAGAAUUUUGUGUAUAGCCUCGGUGCCGGCUGGUAGUGAACCUGUGCCUCCGACUGCUGACCAUGAGAUCCAACUGGAUAGUAGUUCGUCCAGCGAGGAAGACGAUAAGAGUGACCACGAGGAUUUUCAAGAACCUCACCAUCAAGUAACAAACAGUACGGACAAUUCUAGCGUUGAUCUGGACGAAGUGGAUCAUUUGGGAGCAACCAUGUGGAUUGGCACUGAAGAUGGAUAUAUCCAUGUCUAUAGUUCAACUGAUAAUAUUCGUAUUAAAAGGAACAAAACGAAAAUUAGGCACAACUCGUCUAUACUAUCAAUUAUUUAUAUGGACGGUAGAGUUUUUGUAUCUUUAGCAAAUGGUGAUGUUGUGGUGUAUGAGAGAGAAGGAGGAGUUUGGAAUGUGAAUUCUCCUAUAACCAUACAAGUUGGUAGCAUAUCCAGUCCAGUGUUAAAGCUGAUAGCUAACGAUGGGAAAUUAUGGUGCAAUUAUGGAAAUUUCAUAAAGAUUUUGAAUCCACGUAGCCUAGUCACCGAAAACACAUUCUCAAUAACUACAGAAAACAACAAACCCAUCAGUUGUAUUGUUGUUUCUGGAAAUAACGUUUGGUUAUCCAUACAACAUUCUGCAACGAUUAAAUGCUACAAUUCUAGUAACUUCGAAUUUGUUUGCGAAGUAAAUGUAGCAGCGGCGGUGACCAAAAUGCUAACUAUUGUUUUGUUGACAGGCUGUGAUGACAUAAUAAGACAACACAAAGCAGCAUGUCUAAGGGUGACAUCUUUGUUGGCUUGUAAAGAUCUAAUCUGGAUUGGGACGUCUGCUGGAGUUCUUUUGACGAUGCCCCAUAUCCAAGGAGUAUCUAAUGUCACUUCCAAUAGUUCUCCACCUGUUGUUACUGGCGUAUCCCAUGGACAUACGGGACAAGCCAGAUUUUUAACAUAUUUAGAAAUACCUCCUAAUAUUCCAGAGAUACCGCAUAGACAUAUGUUUAAGAGAAUAUCCGAUCAAAGGAACAACUUCAGAAACUUGGUUAUAUCUGGGGGUGAUGGCUAUGAAGAUUUUCGAUGCUCUAACAUAUCAGAGGUCGCUGGAAGAGAAGAUUCCACUAACCACUUACUAUUAUGGAGUGUUUAGAGUUUUCUAGACUUCAUUCAGAUUUUCAUCGAGAAAAUUGCUGAUGAUUGUCUAUUAUCGAAAUAUAUAGUGAAUGUUUGUCUUUAAGAACAACUGAAUUGAUGUUCCAAAGCAUCUAUAUCACAUACUAGGAAUUGAAAACUUGAGUCAAUUGACAGCUUCCGUACAAAAGAAACCCCAAAUGAAAAUUUUUUGAGAAAUUUUAUUCUGAUGUGCAUUUUAUUAUAACAUUCUUCAUACUGUAAAUCACAAGAUCAAUCUAUUAAGUAUGAAUAGUAUCGAGAUGUCUAGGAUAUGUGUCCUCGCACUUAUUAUAUCAUUUUUUUCUCUACAAGCAUUUAUUGAAUUGAACCUUGAAAAUCAGUAUUAGUAUUUUAUGAAUUAUUUUCGAAUGUGUGCCAUUAUUUUGGAAAUUUGCUGGACAUAAUUUAGUAUGAACCUAAUAAGCUAUUAUAAAUACUAUAUAGUUACACAGUAAUUUUUUAUUGUCAAAACGUGAUAAAUGUAGGUAAGCAAAUUGUUGAAUGUUUGAUAUGUUCAAUGGUAUGGAUUUGUUUCGUUAUUUCAUGUCCACGUCUUCAAUUGGAUGUCUCCUUGUUUUUUACUAUCAGAAACUGUAUAGCAAAUGAUUUAAUAAAUUAUUCGAAGUUGAA